GUGCCCAAGGUCCCGUGGACAUACCACAUGACUCAAGCUCUAACGGGUCACGGCUGCUUUCAGCAUUACCUGCACCGCAUGGGUAGGGCUCCCAGCCCGAGGUGCAUGCACUGCCCGUGCGGGUCGGACACUGCUGAGCACACUCUGUUCCACUGUCCAAACUGGGAUGGUCUUCGCGGCGAUCUCCGAAAUCGGCUAGGCCGCACUCCUUCAGUGGCAGACGCGCCCGACAUCCUGUGCGGGCCACUCUUCGAGGAUCUUCCCGCCAACCACCAGGAGAGAGAUCUCGCUCUGAGGGAGGCUGAGGAGACGUUCAGGAUUUUCUACAAAAUGGUCGUAGACAUCCUGAAGCUCAAAGAAGAAGAGGAAAGGGUUCGUCAAGCCGCUGAAGUCAACGACUAGCCAACCACGCACGAGAUGUCCAGGGCGGCGGGCUGCGGCCGGCUCGUGAAGAGGAAAGGUGCACGAGAUGUCCAGGACGGCUGGCUUAGGCCGGUCCGGGAAGAGGCUCUCUCCGUACGAGAUGUCUAGGACGGCUGACUGAUGUCGGUCCGAGAAGACGUCGAACACCUUUGUAUAAAAAAUUAAUUAAUAAUAUCGGUUGUAAGGGGGAUAACUCGGGGCAUGUCCCGUGGAUCCCCCAAUGAUCCUGUGUAAAUAAUCUGUUCAUCCUCAGGGGAUUCGUAGCUUGCACAUAUAUACCAGCAUUCGCUGAGGAAAGUAGGUUACGGUGUCCUGCAGGAUACUCAAAGUUGUAUAUAUUGUUUUUUAAAUCAAUAAACGAUGCUG